UUUAUCGCACUUAUCGUACUGGUACUGCUAACCGGCGCGCGCCAAGUCAGUUCGUGUUCGACAUUUUUUUCGCCAUGGCAGCUGUAUGCUUAUAGGGAAACGAUGAGAAAAUGUGACGCGAUCAGCCGCGAUGCGUUCGUAGGAUCCCUCGAUGACCGUAGGUUUACCAGCUGUAUGCUCACAGAACUAACAAAAGACAGUGCACCGGCUCCCACGCCUGUUACAGCUUGGGAAGGUAAUACUGUCAAACUGCCCUGCCUGCCUUUCGCCAGGACCACCCGCGUUAUCGCCAUGGACGUCACCCGCGAGAACCCCAUACUGAAGCCUUCAUACUACUGGAUCAAAGACGGUCAGCAACGAAUACUCCAUCGUCAAAAAGGUGUUGCAGCCUUUAGCGCCCACUGUGAGGAUGGUCAUUGUCGGCUGCGACGCAUCCCGGAUGGCGAUUUGUGGAUACAGAACGUGAAAUUGGCCGACGAAGGGGUGUACGCUUGCAGCUACCAAGAGGAAUGCCGUGGACGGGCGGAAGGCGGCAGUGCGUGGUGUAUCCUGUAUAUCGGAUCCACGUAUCGCGUCACCGUUAAGGCAAAAGAGCGGGAAUGCCGGGAGAUGGAUGCGACUUGCUCUGCGUGAUCAGUGUCUUCUGUUGCUGCUGUACAUUGGUCAGAAUCUGUUAGUUUUGUGCCUCGUGGAAACUGCGACCGGUGGAAACAUACACUGUGGCAUGCAUUCUGCUGUACAUUCGCAAAAGAAGAAUGUAUCUGCACACGGUGUCCGCAAUCAUAGCUGUGCA